ACCCCCCUGGGUGCCAUCCUUCUAUUGCAUUAUUUGUUCGGUGGCGUUCGCCAUAAACCGACCAAAUUCUAUGAUAAUCACCCUUCAUCCAGUAUUUAUCGAAAUAAUCUUUAAACUUAAUUAUAGAUUCGCAAUUCUUCUUCAUUUCGUUUUGAAUAUACGCCCAUCCUGAAACAAUUUCAUUUUCUGGAAGCAAUGCCAAGUUGGCGCAUAAUGAAAUUAUUCUUCUGUUGCGUUUGUCUUUAGUUAAACCCAGGGUUUUUGCUUUGCGCCACAAGCUGUUCACGUAAUGGUAGUAGCAACCUUUGACUGUAACAUUCAAUGUUUUCAACGCUUUCAUUGUGCCUUCUUCGAAAUCUAUCGUGACUUUAGCAGGCUUCCACUCUGGAAUUUGGGACCCAAUUAAAUCAAAUAAAAGUGAGUAAGCUUUUUUGGUCCUGUGACUCAUGAAAGCGUACACCAAAGGGAUGACAUUCGUGUUAUUUGUAUCACUGCCGAUGUCUCCGUGAAUUGUAAAAAGUUGCUGAAAAGGUGUCGGACAUGAUUUAAAGGUCCCAUCCAUAAAGAUGUGUUUAAUUUUUUUUAUAAUUUCUCGGGCAUCAUUUGAACAAAACACUAAUAUUCUCAUUUUUUUAUGACUGUAAUCAGCGAGUAAGAAAUCUGAAAAAGUACUAGGAACUUCGACUUCCUCAACAGUCUUUGCAUUUAUUUUUUUUACGUGUGCUAACUUAUUUCUCCUUCUGUAAAUGCGUGACUUCAUUUCACAAAAUUCAGGUACACUCUUAGAAGCUAAAUGCAGGCCUUGAUUUUUUAAUGUAAUUAAAGCUCUGUUGUAGACCCUAGGAGCUGGUUCUCUUCCCGUAGCUGCUUCUUCGCAAGCAUUAUUUAAAAUAACAUUGACUGUAUUUCGUGUUUCAUCUGGAUUACAUUGACCGCAGUGGGGUUUUGAUUGUAAAUUAUUAGUGAAGUCCUUAAACAAAAGCAAUGUUUAAAAAAUAUAGGAAUUCAUGAAUUAUUUUGCUUGUACAUUAAAACUAUUACAAAUAAAAAUACACAUACAACACCUAUAAUAUGUAAAUAUACGUACAACAAUUAUCAUUAUGUACAUAUAAAAUAACCAAGACUUACCAUAUUCAUUGUGACGGAACCGGUACAUUUUAAACUUUUAUAAUUUUUACACCGCCAAAUGCUGUGGCCAUUUUUGUAUUUACGCAUAGAAUAAUAUUGAUGUCCUUCUAAUUGCAGAAUCCUUCCACGACCGCUUUUUAAUAAUUUCACUUCUUUAGACAUUAUUCCGAAAAUAUAAACAGUAAAAUAAACAGGCACCACGAAAUAAACAUUGCUACUGCAGAGCUGAACAGCGUAAUACUACCAUUUUGCGAAACAUCUACCCUCAAAAUAUAACAAAAAUCAUGUACCCUCAAAAUAAGACAACAGAACUAUGACCACACUCUUUCUGGGGUGGGGCAUUUAGUUAAAUAUUUAUAAUACUAAACUUAUUAUGCACAUACCUAAGUGCUAUAGGCAUAGAUGCAUUUAAGGAAAUAUACCAGUGGACGACUUCCGGGUGAUAUGACAAUGAUUUGUAUUAUGUAUUUAAACUGUUUGUAUUGUUUACUAUUAAUUUACUUGCAGUCGAAUUUUGACGUUUACUAUAUUAUAAUAAUACUUAAAUAAUAAUUAUACCUACAAAAUAUACCUAAAAGAUUUUCAUUUUAUAAUUACCUAUACAAUGUAUGUAUUUGUGACCAAUAUCUAUUAUAUCGGUACUUAAUGUUCUUGCUUCUCGAUUAAUAAUAAUAAUAAGUUAACGGAUCGAACUAGUGAGAACAAACAUUCUCACUAGUUCGACGGUCGAACAAAUGAGAAAAAAAAUUCUCACUAGUUCGACGAUCGAACUACUGAAGAAACAGCUGAUCGAUCGCUCACCAUUAGCGGAUUGUUUACAUCUACGCGCUCGCCGCACGUAGCAACAGCACAAACUCCCUCCGCUUGAGGUAUUAAUGAUACUUCGGUUACGCUCACCUGCGCCUCCGCCAUCAUUGUACAUCGCGACUGUAAAGGUGGUGUGUUAGGAGACUAAUUGAUAGACCGAAUGAUGAGUUAAUACUGAAUUAUAUUUCAUACAAAUCACUUAUAAAUAGGGUUACAUUGUCUUACCUCUACAUCUCCCUCGCAGGAGAAAUUAAAAUAAAAUACAGUUUUAUUUUUAUUUUAUCGAAAUAUGAAUUAAUAGAAGUUUACAAUCCACUGUAUUAAAACUACUUAUUUGUAGGUACCGUGCACGGUUUGGUACAAGAAUUAAAAUUAGUUAAUAUUAAUUAUUGACAUAUUUUUUUUUUUUUUUUUUUUUUUUUUUUUUUACAUAAUAUUUUGUUAUAGUUACUUAUUUAUUUUAUUAAUGGAACUCUUGUGUUGUUACAAGUGCAGGCUAAAAAUAGAUUAAGCUUAUACGACAUUACAGUAUACAAUGCAAUUGCAAAUAUUUCUAAGUACUUGUUAAAUCAUAUGGUUGAUUUUCUAUAACAAAGAAAAUAAAAUAAAAAUGUUACUUAUGUUCUUUUAAUUAUAAUACUAAUAAAAGUAUAAAUGGGUAAUAUUUCCUUUUAUUUUUACUUAAAGUUAUAUCUUACUACACGUACCCAAUACACAAACUAUGCUCUACAAUACAAGUACAGGCUAAAAAUAACUUUCGCUGACCUGACACAUUCUUUAUACAAUGCAAUCACUAAGUAUUUUAUGAAUCAUUCUGACUGUUACUCAUCUCUGUAGGCUCAUGAUAAAGUUUAGUUCUAUUUUUAUGUACUAUAUCUAUUUUAUUAUUUUUUAUAAUUUCAACAUUUGGAGGAAUUUCCUUUACAACCUUAUAAGGGCCAGAAUAAAUACUUUGGAGUUUAUUACCUGUUUCGUUCUUUAAUAAAAUAAGAUCGUUUUCUUUAUAAAUAAUAGAAUUGCUAUUUCGAUCAUAUUUUUCCUUCCUUCUAUUUUUACUUAAUAUUAAAUUAUCCCGCGCUUCUUUCUGAGAAGUUUGUAUCCUGUAUCUUAAUUCUAAGGGAUAGCUAUCUACAUUAUACAAUGGGUCUACGUAAUCCUUUGUGAGGUUUGACGGUAAAACACAUCUCUUACCGAAUACGAGCUCAAACGGUGUAAACUUAGUCUCACUGUGAACGGAAGUGUUGUGUGAAAAACACCAAAAUGGUAACCAUGUACUCCAAAUCUCAGGAUGUUUUUCACAUUGGAUACGUAGAUAAUUACCUAAACCCUUGUGAGUGUUUUCCAAGCUACCCAGUGUCUGAUGAUGAUAGGCUGUUGACUGCAACUGGUCUAUAUUCAUAAGUUUACAAACCUCUUUGAAUAUUGAUGAUAAAAACUCUGUUCCUCUAUCUGUGGCUAUCACCUUGGGAAUGCCAUACCUCAAUAUAAAAUUAUUUACGAACUUUUGAGCUAUUUCCACACUACUUUUUGUUACCAUAGGAUACGCUUCAACAUAUUUUGUUAAUUCACACUGAAUCGUGAUUAUAUAUGAAUAAUUGUUUUCAUCCCUAUCUAUAGGUCCUACACUGCCCUGCUAAGCGCAAAAGCGGUAUCUCAAAAAAAAUCGUAAAAUUGAUUUUUAUGCCAUCGGAUAGCUUUAAAAAAUACGCAUCUACUGGACUAAGCCAUUUAGCACUAUCUUGUUCAAAACGUAUGAAAAAACCUUAAGAAAGAUUUUUCUAUCUCAGUUUUACCAUAUAUCACUAAGGGUGUUAGAGGUAUAUUAAUAUUACGUAGGCAACCAGCCGCAAAUUUAAAUAUCGCUAAAAUUCUUAAAUAAAUACACAACUUUUGCUUAGCCGAUAAGCGGUAAGUAGGAUGAGUAAAAUCAGUAAUGAGUUACCGCUAUAAUGCUUAGUAUUUUAAUGCUUGCAUAAUACGCAAACUGUUUUGAAUUAGUGAGAUACGGUUGCAAUAGCAAAAUUAAAUUAGCCCUUAUGGUUUUACUGGAUAAGAUCGAAUUUCUAAUACAUUUUACAGUGAUUUAUCCCUGCCCUUGGCAAAUUCGUUCGCAAAUUCGUGUCAUAACUUGUUUGUUUUUGUUGUGAAGAGGUCAUGAUAUUUGUGCAAAAUUGAGAAAAAAACUGUAAAUUAAGGUGCUUAAUGGGGUCACUUCAUACAUUGACAUUCAGAUAAACCAUGUCGCAAAGAAAUACGAAAAUGAUGAUGCUUUUAGCACAAAAAAAUAAGGCGUUGAGGGAAAAGUUUAAGGAAUCCAAACAAUUACAACGUAAUAUUAAAACGAUCGAUCCCGACUUUUUUCCUACUAGUGAUUCAGAUGAUGAUCCCGCAUUUUCAAGAUUCAACAGUGCUGAUCAAUUACUAGCUCCGAUUCUUCCUUCCUCAAAUGGUUUCGACUUUGAAGAUUCACAUUUUUUAUCGGGUCCGUGUACAUCAAACGUUGAUUAUUUCGCUAUGCAUCAGGAUGAUCAAAACACAGAAAUCGGGAAUAACAACAAAUCCCCUAACUCGUUGAUCACAUUGACAACUGUGCCAAUUAUUGAACAUAAUGAUUUAAGUGACAUAUCAUCGCCAGGCUUUUGUUUUAAUACACACAACAUACACAAUGUUUUUAAUUGCGGUAAUCCAGAACCUUUGAUCACAGAUACUAUUGAAGAUCAACAAAGAUCCUGUAUUUUUCAAGAUGAUACAGAAAAAAUAUUGAUAACUGCUUCCGAUAAUACUAUUUGCACUUCUGAAUCUCUUAGGAAUAAUUCAAAUGUGAUAAGUGUUCAAUACGAAAAAUCUGUUGAGAAUUCAUCUCAAGGACACGAAGUGACACCAAAUGAUAAUCUUAGGGACACCGAGAAUCUGACACAAAACGAGAUAGCUGAUGGAAAUACACAUAAUCUUACAACUUAUACUAAGGCCGGUACAAUUAGGAAAAGAAAAAAACACGACCAACCUCUCAAAGUCAGAAAUGAAGUGAAAAAAAGUGAGAUUAGAGAGAAACAUAACGUUAAACCACCCUGUCCUGCUUCAUGCAAAAAGCAGUGUAUCCAAAAUAUAUCGGAAGAGCAGCGAAAAAUUAUAAAUGAGAGCUUCUGGAGUUUGAAUGACAAAGAGAGGAAGGCUUAUAUGCUGCAUCACACCUCAGCUAAAUCUGUGAAACAAAGAACAGUAACAAGAUUUGAAUCAGAGGAGUACAGAAAAAAAGUAAGCUACAGUUAUUCACUUAAGGACGUGCUCGGUACAAAGUAUGGAGUAUGUAAAACCUUCUUUUUGACAACUUUGGGCUACAAAUCAUCUAAUGACAAACCUUUACAUACGGCUUUGGCCAAUUCUAACGACACGGUUGCACCACCAGUAGACAAAAGACUGGGAGCUACUCCUCACAAUAAAAUUGAAUCUACUCCUAUUAAGGAACAUAUAAUGAGCUUUGAGCCGAGUAUAUCUCAUGACAGGCGUGAACACGCUCCCAAUCGCUUAUACUUACCCAGUGAUUUGACAAUCAGUGCGAUGCAUAAAGACUUUUUAGAAAAAAAUCCGUCUUGCAAAGUAUCUUACGAUAAAUAUCGAGAAGUAGUCGCAGAAUUAAAUAUUUCUUUUGUAAAGCUUGGCCACGAAGAGUGUGAGGACUGUGAAGAGUUCCGUUUACACGAUGAUACACAUACCAAAGAAAACCUUAAAGAAGACUGUCUAGGUUGCACGAAGUGGAAAAGUCAUAACAAACGGGCAUACAUGUCCAGAGAGCAGUAUAAAUUAGACAGUGAGCUAAAUGAAACUGAUACUGUUGUAUAUUCUGCUGAUUUACAAAAAGUUAUCAUGCUGCCCAGGAUAGACAUGUUCAAAACUGCUAUUUUUACUCAUAGGAUAGUGGUUUACAACGAAAGUUUCGUGCCAACUGGUCAAGGCCGAAAAGAUUUGAGUGUUUUUCCUGUACUAUGGUAUGAAGGGUUGUUUGGACGUUCCAAAGCCGAAAUUAUAAGUGCAUACUAUCAAUUUUUUAUUUUUCAUCGGGAUAAAAAAAAUAUCAUACUAUGGGUUGAUAAUUGUUCCUCCCAGAACAAAAACUGGACGUUUUUUUCUUUCUUAAUUUAUAUUAUAAAUUCUAAGGAUAUCAACGCCGACAAGAUUGUCAUCAAAUAUUUUGAAUCCGGCCACACCUUUAUGUCAGCUGAUAGUUUCCAUCAUAGGGUAGAGCUGUCCAUAAAACGCAUGAAAAACAAAAUUUAUGAUUUCGCAGAUUUUUCUCAGGCAGUUAGCACUGCAGGAAAAAAUGUAAAACUUAAAGAGAUGAACAUGCAAGACUUUUAUGACUGGGAUGAUUAUACCACACAAUAUGCACUGUCUCGAAUUAAACCGCGUCCAUAUGUCAGCGAAAUGGUUGAAGUUGAAGUUAAAAGAGGCAGUUUUGAUAUCACCUACAAAACAGGAUUCGAUCAAAAUGCAAUUACUGCUAGCAUUAUAGGAAAAAAAAUUUUAAAAAGUCAUGUCUUGCCUCCACCAAAAAAGAAAACUGCUCCGGAAGGAAUUUCAAGAAACAAAAAAGAAAAUAUUUUGAAAUCUUUUCAAAAUAUAAUACCACAAAAUAGAAUGUCCUUUUGGAGAGAACUCCCUACUUUUGACUAAUAAAAUUCCUUCCAAAAACCGUUUGUUUUUAAAUAUUUUUUUAUGUAAUUUCAAAUUUUAAUAAUAAAAAAACGUUAUAUAUAUACUUUAAUUGUUUUUUUUUUCAAAUAAUACAUAUUUUAUUCGAUAGAAAAUACAUUCCUUUUUGUAUACACACAUGUUUGAGAAGAGCUAACGAAAAAGCGGUAUCUCAAUUUUAAUUCUAUAGUUUACUAAGCGGUGUAACCGUAUCUCAUGAAUAAAGUACAUUAUUAUACAUUUUUGAUAAUUUAACUAAUGUGAUAACAAAUACACCCUAUAUAAUAUAUAAAUAAUAUUUAACAAAUAAAAAAAACUAUACAUAAAGUAUAUAUAUAACUAUUUUUACAUAACUUCAAUUAUCUCAAAACUCGCUUUCUUUGAGUUACCGCUUUUGCGCUUAGUUGGGCAGUACAGUAUCAAGGAAAAUUUUUUCGAACGCUGAAUUAGCAGUUGUCGUCACUACCAUGGGCUCUUUUAUAUAAUGUGAAGAAUGCUUCAUUCUCUGACACUUAUCACAACGUUUUACGAAUUCCUUUACGUCAUUUUCAAGCCCUGGCCAAUAGUAAUAUUUUUUAAUAUUUGUGAACAUCCUUCUAACGCCUGCAUGGCCACUUGUAGGCAAAAGGUGGAAAUCAUUUAAAAUAAUUCGUUUUUCAUCUUUAUCUUCUAUCCUUUUUAUAUCAUUUAAAACACACAAACGUGGUCCGGACCAAUUCUUUAUGUCUUUUAUAGCGCUUACUAAUUUCUCAAUAAAUAAACAAUAAUUCUUCUUCUUAAUAAAACAUACUUCACUUAUGUCAUUACUUUUACAUAAAACACACAGUUCUCUCGCAAAUUCGCCUGACGAAAUUUGUGAUUGAGAAUCUGGAUUAAUAAAAAUACAUUUUUUCUCUUCAACAUAUAAUAAUGUGUUCGUUUUACUACUCUUAUAUCUCAUUCUUCUUAAAAAUUGCAUGUCUGUAACACUCGCAAAUCUUAACUCUAUAGAUCUCUUGGGUUUAAUAUGUGUUUCUAUGACUCUCGGGUGAUCAGUCCAAUCGUCAGUAGGUACCAUAUUAUUCCCAGUAUCUUUAUUUUUCUCAUUCUCACGUCUUUUCUGUGCCCGUGUCAUAACAUUCACCAUUUGUUCAUUCAUCUCCUUCAAUUCAUCCGAUGAUAGAAUAGAAUAGAAUAGAAUAGAAUAGAAUAGAUUUAUUUUCAAAAUUGGAUACAAGGUAUCACUUAUUGACGUCACAUAACUUAAAUCUAAUUAUAACUACUACCGCUUCCAAAGCGCAUGUGUAGAAGAAGCGGCGGAACAAACUACACUGCAGCAUUUUCAUAGGACGUCAAUUUACAAAUAUAGAUCUCUUAAAUCUAAAUCGUGGACGAAUGCACAUUGUCUACAUUAAAAAACAUGUAUGAAUGUAGAACUGAUUAUGUCAAUAUGAAUAUUUCGUCAAAUAAAAUAAAUAUAAAAUAAAAUAUGUACAUACUGUACAAAUUAUGUCAAGAUCAUGUCAAAAAUACACAAGCAUUUAAGAGGCCAUUAUGUCCAGCUCGGGCCACACAUGUUUAUCAUUAAUAUAAUCAUCCGUGCUGUAAUAGGCUUUCCUACAAAGCUCAACUUUAAUAUACUGUUUGAAUUUUCUGUCAUUCAUUUCAAGAACACUUUUUGGUAAUUUAUUAUAAAAUCUUAUACAAUUAAUCAGAAAUGAUUUCCCUACCUUAGCCAGCCGAUGUGCUGGGAUCGACAACUUGUAAUUGUUCCGCAGUGAUCUACUAGUACAUUCACCUACUUUUUUGAAAGAGUCUAAGUUUUUCCUAACAUGCAUGAUGUUAUCGAAUAUGUAUUGGGAGGGCAAAGUUAAAAUAUU